GGAAGUUUGACAACAUUCUAUGGCGCAGUACGGGAGGCCCUAGGUGGACCCAGACCACGUGUGACCCUCCCCACAACCUGCGGAAGGCGCGGCGUUGAAUUGGGAUUCUGAAACUGCUUUCCUGCGCAGCUUGGAGGAGUACAUGAUCACCUGUCAUCUGUUGUCACUUGUGUCCCUGAUGAAAACAGGUCCAUGAAGGGAAGUAUGGUCUCUUCUUCUGAAGGUUGGAUUUAGGGGCCACAGAAAGCACGGAAAAUGCCAGAGUACUCAUUUUUCAAAUGGAUGCAUUGGGAACUUUUUGCUUAGAGACAUUUGCUCACAUGCACUGUUGUGCCCAGGGAACAGGAAAGUAAGGGGGCUUUGACUGAGAAUGUAUUUUGCAGUUAGAGAGGAAAACCAAGAAAAUCUUUAUUUUGCACUGCACCUACACAUUGCAAACAUUGAAAACACGUUUUAAAAAAUUAGAAUUAUUUUUUAUAUAAAGCCUUUCAACAUUUUCUGCGAUGGUGUUUCUCAGAGUGACUUUCUCAGCCUUUUAAGCAUUUGAUAUAAGCAGUCAUAAUUUAAACAUGUAUCACAGACCUGGGUACUUUCACAUGUAUUACUGUGUUUGAUUCCUUGAGGCCUCAUGAGGUCUGGGUAGUUCUUCCUUAUUUUCAGUUUCCAAGAAGCUCAGGGCCAGGAGGAGAAAGGCGAGCCCAGAUCCAUUUGCAGUAUAGCAGAGUCUGAACCUGUAGCUUCCACUCAGUGCUCAGGGUAAAGUUGGCCAGGGCCGGGCAUUUUCUUCCUUGUGGAAAUGUGUCAGUGAUCAUUGGUAGACAGGUGACAGCAGCCAUUUCUAUUUUUUUUUUUUUUUGUCUUUUUUUUUUCGUUUUUAUCAGUACCAGGGAUCGAACUCAUGACUGCCUGCUUGCAAGGCAGGCGCUUAUGCCGCUGAGCUAAAUCCCCAGCGCCGCCAUUUCUAUUUUUAAGAUUUGAGUUUCUUCUCCUUUGGAUUGCAAAGGUAACACUUGAAGCAGGGUUUCUGUAUAUUUAAAGAAAUAGACUUCAUUUUUUACAGCAGUUUUAGGUCCUCAGCACAGUUGAGCAAAAGAUACAGAGUUCCAUCUGCUCUUUAAACCUAUGCAGGCUCCCUGCUUUCCCAUCUCAGGACUGCUACUACACAUCUAACAUUCGCAGGAAUCAGAAGCUGGCUUCCUUACUUCAUGCUUUAGGAACCAGAGCAGAGGAGAAAUGGUUCCUCCAGAGUACAGAUUUAAACUCAAAUCCUGGUCUGCUGCCAGGCCUGGCUCUCAAAGUGCAGGCAGCACUGAGCAGAAGGUGCUCCUCCACCCUCCCAGCUCACACUCCUCUGUAGCCAGGUGUCCACAGAUCCAUCAUCGCUGCCAAUCCCAGGGUCAGGCAGCUAGCAGUCAAGAGGCCAGGAUGAAUUCUGUGGGCGGAGACCCCUGCAGUGAGGAGCUCCAGUAGGGUGUGGGGUGAGAGACCUGGGGAGACCCAGCCGGUAGGUGGAAAAGACCAGGGACUGUGAUGUGCAUUUGGGCCGGAGGGAGCAGCUGGGAACAGUGUAAUCUGCUCCGGCACAGCAUGUCCAAGCAGAGCUGGGCAGGGCGCCAUGCCUGAGUGGAGGGCACAGCAGCCCUGAGCGGUAGGAGAUGGGGCUGAGGGGGCACUGUAGAGAGUGGACAGUGAGCACAGCAGAGUGGAGACAUGGGAGGAGAGGUGCACCCAGUCACUUGUCGCUGGGACAAAGUACCUGACUCUCAGAACCUAGUGGCGAGGUUUGUUUUGGCACAUAUUCAUGGCUGGCUGGCUUCAAGGCUGACUGGCAUGGCCUAAAGGCAGGAGAAGAGCUGCUCAGGGCACCCAGGAAGCACACUGCAGGGAGGAACCAGAAAGAGGUGGACCCUUUCAGGCCACGUACCCAUGCAGGGCCUCUUCUGACCAGGUCUCCAUCCUCAACUGCAAGUCACUGGGGUGGGUGCCGGGACACAUCCACAAUCAGCAGCCUCCUGGUCUCCAGGCUGCAGCCUGCUGGAGGCACCUGCAUGCUUUCCAUGGAAAGCCAUGCUGGGUGUCCAGGGCAUUGGCUUCACGGGCUCCCCUCCCAACAAGCUGGGAGGUGGGAGGAGGGGGAUCCCCAGGCUGAGUACUAGGAUAGGCUCUGGGAGCAGGGGACUGACCCAUUAAAGCCUGAUUUGGACUCUGUGAUUUGUUUUUUUUUUUUUUUUUGGUACAAACUCACGACCUAUGCCUGCUGAGCUAAAUCCCCAACCUGGACUCUGAUUUUGCUGGGGACUUUGGGGAAAAGCUCUCACCCAGGUGCACUGUUUACAUAUGGAAAGAGGAGCCGGUGUGAACUCAACUACAAGCCUAUCUGUGGCUGAACUGGAACUGGAGGUGCCCUGUGUAUGCAUUGUCUUCCAGGAGGGCUCCAGAGGCCCCCCCACAGCACCCUCUCGAGACACAGCUCUGAAAAGCCUAUGGGGAUGGGUUGUCCUGCUGUGAAAAUGGACACAUAAGCCUAAGAGUUAGCUCAAUCUCAGCGAUGGCCAGGGCCAUCUGACAGCUGAUGCUUCCAUUGGUGUGAAAGGAGGCAGGGUCUCAGCCAUGGUCACACUCAUCACUGAGAAGCUGCAGAACCAGAGCCUGGAUGACCUCACCUGCAAAACCCGAGAGGCUGGCCAGUAUUCUUCCAAGAGACUGACUGGGAGUGGCCAUUUGUUUCCUUUGGAGAUCAGUGUGGACAGGAGCCCCUGGAAGGCCUUUCGAGGAGGAUGGCCCAGCAGAAGGCAGGCAGCUGCCAGCCCCUGCUGCCCCUUCCCACUGGCUCCCUGUGGUGCUGCUCAGGCCCAGGGUCUCCAGUGGCGGCCAGAGUCUCCGGACCCCUGCACCGGCCUGGGUGUGGGCAGUGCUGUGGACCUCCGGGGGAGCACGGGGCCACCCACAGCACCGCCAACCAAGCGGCAUUGUCGGUCCCUGUCGGAGCCAGAAGAGCUUGCCCGAUGCUGGUCGCCCUGGCGCCCUGGUGGCUCCAAGGUCUGGACUCUAGUCUCCAAGAGGCGAUGCAACAGUGGGGGGAGUGCUACACUGCAGCGCUGUAGUGGCCUUGGGGGUACGGCCCUGUCACCUGCUGGCCCCACUUCACCCCUGGCACCCCGGCCAGCGUCAGCCAGCAGUGGCUUUGUGGACAGCAGUGAGGGCAGUACAGGCUCAGGCCCAUCCUGGCGUCCUACAGGGCCCUGCCCACUGUCCUCGAGGCGCCGCCUGUCCCUCUCACAGGAGCACCUCAUGGAAGCUGGUACCCAUCCGCCCUCAGCCAGCAGCACCCCAGCGUCCACACCUGAGCCUGGUCGGCGCCAUGGCCUGCUGCGGUGCCGGUCGCAGCCCUGUGUGCUGGGUGGGAGGAGAAGUCGGUGCAAGCGCAGGCGAGAGGAGGAUGCCAGGUGGACACGCCCAUCCUUGGACUUUCUCAAGAUGACUCGGACUUUAAAGAACUCAAAGAGCCUCUGCUCACUGGACUACGAGGAUGAUGAUGAGGAUGACACCCAGGUGAAGACGGUUGUGUCGUCCCCAUGUCACUCGCAGGGCCUUGUGGGCAUUGUCACACCUGGCUGCAGCCCGAGGGCUGCUGGCCUCUGCCCCGCCAGCCCAUGGACCUCAAGGGAGCCAGAGGCUGUCGAGGGUGAGGGUGAGCGUGAGGGCGGGAGCAGUGGGGAUCCCAGUGACUGGGACAGUGCUGGAGAAGAGGGCAUCUUCCCUCUGGACCAGGGUGACCUGGACCUGGAGCAGAUCGAGAACAACUGACCUGGCUUGGCUGUCACCUGCUCCCUUGGGGAGAAACUGUUUCCUGCUGUUUUGAACUUAAGGGUCUAAUUUUGACUCAGUUUUUCCUAAAGAAGUAUUUUGCAUUUUUAUGGCUUUUGCAGUUCAGGGAAAGCUUCUCUAUUUUGAAAUGAAUUUUCAAGAAGAGUGUUGUUAAGUGCGAGUCACCCUGUAGUCCUUUUGUAAGAAGCCUACUGUGAAGAGCAAUGUGGGUUUGGCUGGGGCUGGUGGUGGGCACCCUCCUCUGGGGCAACUACUGCUCUGGACCUGUGUGGGCAGUCGUGCUCUUGGACCUGGUCCUCCUGUGCUGGCUUAGGCCAUGUGGCUUCCUGGCUGGGGGUGGCGCUGCUGUGCAGGCUGAGUGGUGAGGACACCAUCCCGCAGGUGGCUGUGGCCGCUCUGCAGUGCCUCAUCCAUGAGUUCAAUAAAACACGUUGCUCUGUU